UGGUAUUAUGAAAAAAUAUAACUUUUUAUAUUUUGUAGCUAUUAUGCAUUUUAAAACUGUAUAAUAAAUAAAAAAACAAAGAAAGAGAAAGCGUGACAACACCAGCGCGCUUUCUUUGGGUGUCAAAUUUCACCACCACCGAAAGCAAACAAACACACGAAGAUAUAGAAACCAAUACAGCGAACAUUCGAGCUCAAAGUGUACCUUCAGUCAUUUCAUAACAUAUAUGAACGAGAUCAGUUUGCAGUAUUUGCUUAGGAAAACGGAAUUAUAACGCUUAGUACAACACUUUAGAAUGUGGUUGAGUCGAGCCGUCAGUCGGUGUGGAAAUCAUGGUUAAUUUACGAUGUAAAACACGACUUCUGGAAAGGUUUAUUAUUACUGGAAGUACAGUAGUUGUUAUAGUUACUGUGGUGUUGCUGGUGAAGGCAGGUUCUACUUGGAAUCCAAGUUUGCAAGCAGUUCAAGGAAAUAUACAUGCGAAGCCGCGACGCCUGUCAAACGAAGUGGAUAACAACAAGCCAUCUAAAAGGGGUGAAGAAGUGUUCCAUCAUUUGCGCCCGCGAUCAAUCACCCUGCCAGAUCCCGUGCCGAUGUCGCAUCACGUGACUUCAAACCAUCACUACACAUGCCUCGAUCACGGAACUCGCUACAAGACGUUUGAGCAGUGUCUCUGCCGCGAGGGCUGGUACGGAGACUCCUGUGACAUCCCUGAUUCUUUAUACGGCUCGAUAGACCUCAUGAAGAUUCGAAGAAAGACAAGGUUAUAUCUACGCGCAAAUACCGCGAGAAACGUCGUGUACGCUGCACCGUUUAACCACGAGUUUGACAUGCUUGAAGCCCUGAUGUACGAGCUUCGUGAUCUCGUGGAGGUUUUUAUUUUAGUUGAGUCUUUGUACACUGCGUUUGGUUCUCGGAAACCAUUGCGUUUGUUACCCAGACUGCACCGGGGCUAUCUACGAGAAUUCCACUCGAAAAUCUUGUACCUUAGCAUUGAUCAUUUUCCAAACCGUGGUCGUAAAAACGGAUGGAUUUCUGACGCAUACCUUCGCUCGUACUUAGGUAAACACGGAGUAGCGAAUAUCCGUAACCUUCGAAACGAUGACGUCAUUAUCGUUUGUGAUCUCGACGAGAUUCCGUCACGUGACUCGAUUGCGUUUUUGAAAUUUCACGAUGGGUUUCCGGAACCGUUUGGCUUUCGACUUCGGUGGUCGGCCUUCGGGUUUUUCUGGAAGAAUUCGCGCUAUACACAAAUUCCGGCCGGUUGCACGAUCGGUCUUCUUAGAACGGUCUACAAUUACGAUACGAAUCUUGUUCGGAAUAUAGAAGAUGGGUUGAACGAGUCGAGGAGUGAUUUCCAAGUCUAUAAGCGCGCGCAUCUGAUUCAUACGUGGUUUAUAGGCGUGGAUAAUCAUUACGCAGGCUGGCAUUGCUCAGGCUGUUUUGAUCUACAAGGGAUAAGAAUAAAAUUCCAGUCCGCACAGAAUGGCGACUUUCCUCGCUGGGGCGCUAUGCAUGAGAAAAUGGACUAUGAAUAUAUCAAGGGUCUCGUUAGAAACGGAGUUUGGUUCGACGGUUCGCCCAUCUCUGAUCUUCCCAUUGCGGAUCCGGAAACAGAUCGGUUUUACGCGCCGAGAUACUUACUUCAGAAUUUCGAAAGGUACAAGGAUAUUCUAGUAAACCCUUAUAGAAAUAAGACAACAAAUCUCUCACCCUAUGGAAAAAUAAAACAUAAUCAGUGGUUAUGAGGAAGAAUUUAUCCUGACAUUUUUAAUUAUUUUGAGUUCAUUUAGGUGCGGUCAGCCGAAGGAGUUCUUUCCAAAUUCUACUCCAUACAAUAUCAAAGAAAUAUUUAUAACACGA